AUGGACAGGUACAUCAGAUGGAAAGAAACCAAUAGACUGCCCGACACUCCACCAUUAGUCCUCGAGCUAGAUGGCAGCCCAACACUCUGGACAGAGAAUGGGAAACUAACUUACUCAUUCACAAUUACUUUGCGCAGGGUCAUAGACAGCCAACAGUUCUGGUUUUACUGGGAUCCUUUUAUAGAUCCUAAGGGUAAUAUCAAGAAGAUCAGUAUUGAGGAACAUUCAAGACAUUUAUCAUCAUUACCGAGAAUUUAUCAGUUCCCGGACGAACCGGAAUCAUAUUAUGUCGAAGAGGCUAAGAAAAAUUGGGACCGCAGUACUAUAAAUGUACGAGAAAGCUUACCCGAUACCUGGACCACGCUUUUAGAACCGGGGCAUAUCUAUACCCUUCUUUGGACGGGCCAAGAAAUUCCAUACUGGGAUUGGGGUACGGCGCAGCAGAAGAUAGAAAUGAAAACAAAACACCUGCCUAUCUUGGUUGCGGGUGGUGCACAUCUCACCUUUACUGUGCAAGAAGGAAGAAGACCGCCAAUUCCCUCACCUCCGACGCCGCCACCAAUCAGUCCAAGUGAAAGAGUGGAUGGCGCACCUGUCAUGAGUCUGGAGUUGAGCUGCAGCUCCACAAUGCCUCUUUACGGGAUGUUGGACUUGUCCAUUCGGGUCGUAUACCACGGUCCAUCAUCCGACAAUGAGAGCCCUCAACCAAUCACUUUCCAUACCUGGGCGUUUAAUCCAUUUGACGCCUUUCGUGUCUAUCGCCGUCUCCGUCCUAGUCAGUCUGAUAUGGAGACAGAGAACGAAUGGAAGAGAUCCGUUGACGACCGGUCACCGCAUGUGUUUUGGGAUAACCCUGACAGAGUGCUCAACGUGGCGGAAAAUCCAGAAGGUCGCUUCGUGACGCUCUUUCCCGGGGAAUCCUGGUCCAAGUCGUGGUCUUUUGAUCUGCCCGACGACCUCCGGCCUGGCGAGCAGGUCCGAUACCAAUUCGUAGGAAUUACACUGGACUGGUGGGACUGGGGUACGGCCGAGGAUCACGCGCAAACCAUUGUCACACUACCUGGCUCGGGGAUUGAGCCCAUUUCGCACCCGAAGAACAAUGAUAACCGAUCGAAAGUGGUUAUACCGGCUUCGAAUAUUGUGGAGUGGACGAUGACUAGUGACUGAACGGUGUCUUGUCGUUAGAAGACUGUCCUCAAGUGCUACUAUUUCUAACAUGAUUACCGUGAUUACAGAAACAAGGCCCUUAGGCCGUUCACUCUAUCGUGG